GGCUGACUCACAUUCAUUACCAAUUCAAACGUGUCGGUGGUAAGCUGCUGUGCUUUAAUUUUAAAAAUAAGAACAAUGAUAAUAUUGAGAGCCAUAUCUAGUUUACUGUUAUUAAUAAGUGAAAACGUCUAUGCAUAUAAUAUCAAUACAAAUAGAUACUUGAGAGAGAUCAAUGACGAUUCAGCGUCACUUUUCAUUCCUGUAGCGAUUAUUUCUGAAGAAAAUCGGCAAGCAAAGGUAAUUGAUUCUACGGUAAGUAAAUCAAUAAACACAAAUCCAUCUGAGAAGAGUUCGGUAGACAAUAAGGACCAUACAAUCAUCAAAGUUACUAAAGAUUUCACUGUGAAACCGAUUAAUAAUGAUAAAGAAAAACAUAUUGGAAUUGACCAGCCAUUAAAGGUCGAUAUCAAUACUGACCUCGAAAUACCUGUUGCUGUAGUUUAUGAGGAGCCAAUUACUCCGAACAAUAUCAGAAAAACUACACUCCGUAGAAAAAUAACAAAUAAUGAACAAUCAUAUAAUCGACGACGCAUUAAUAAAGCAACUAUUGCUCCAAGUGAAACUACAUCGGAUACAAAUAUAUAUAAACAACAAAAUUCUACCUCAGAACCUCAUUUAGAAAUAUCACAAUCCACAAAUGAAAAACUGACAACUUCAAUGGUUUUUGAAAACAACUCUAUAAAGAAAAGAACACGUGAACGAGAUCCUGUAGUGCCAAUAAUUCAAUCAGAAAAUCAAGUCUUUUCACAUAAUGGUGUAUUCCAUUAUAGCUAUGAAGGUGGAGAUGGCACAAAAGCCUUUGAAAAUGGAGAACUAAAAACAUAUGAUGACGAAAAGACUGGUGAAGCCGUUGUGGGUGGCUUUUCUUAUACGGGUAAGGAUGGACAAGACUACAGUUUAACGUAUACAGCGGACGAAAACGGCUACAGACCAGUGGGAGCACAUCUGCCAACGCCGCCGCCUAUCCCGCCAGCAAUAGAGCGCGCACUUCGAUACCUCGCUACCAAAACCACGCCUGAGACUGUUACUGAUCCUACUGAAUAAAUUGACACAAAAUAUUUAAUAAAAAUAAAUUCAGCGUAAGAAUUAAAAGUAUUUUUAUAUUAUGUAGUAAUUAGAUUAAAAAAUAUAUACAGACUUAUUUUCAUGAGAUAUAAAUAUUAUAUAUUAUGCUAUUAUAGGUAUAUUUAAAAUGUUGUUAAUUUAAAAUUACCUCUUGAUACCUUUGUGUUUUAAUUUUCAAAAUUUUUUAAUUUGUUAUAUAUCUUUAGGCUAAUUUCAUACAGUCCAAAAAGUGUGUCUCAGUAUGCGGACAAAUUCAUUGGCUUAUAUCGAGAAAUCAUUUAAUCUUUAUUACAUUUUUGCAAUAAAACGAUCUCCAUCUA